GACUCGUAUCGUUUAUCCCUAGUCGCUACUUUUGCUCUUUGAUUUGUUUAUGGUGAAGUCAGUGGCGUCUGCUCAUCGUUUUUAUUUCGCGUCUGUAAAUUUAGUGAUAUGUUGCUGUAAAAUGUUUCUUUGCCAAAUUCAAGAAUUCUAGCCUAUGUUUUGUAUUGAUUGCAAAACAAAAGGCAUUUAGCGUUGAUCGCACACGUCUAAUAAAGACUACGACAAAGAUGGCUGAUAUAAAGGCUAUGUUCAACAAAAUGAAUAAUGUAACACAGAAUGGCACAACAGACUCUGUGCCCCCGCCUGCCAAAGGUCAAAAAGGCACGAUUGAGAAAAUAUAUCAGAAAAAGUCACAAUUGGAGCAUAUCCUGCUCAGACCCGACACAUACAUUGGGUCCGUAGAACGGGCAACAGAAACUAUGUGGAUUUAUGACAAGACAAAGGAGUGUAUGACACAAAAAGAAUUGACUUAUGUACCAGGUUUGUACAAAAUAUAUGAUGAAAUCUUAGUGAAUGCAGCUGACAACAAACAAAGGGAUCCCAAGAUGGACAUAAUUAAAAUUGACAUUAACCAGGAACAGAAUACUAUUUCAGUAUACAACAAUGGAUGUGGCAUACCUGUAGUUAUGCACAAAGAAGAGAAAAUGUAUGUUCCCACUAUGAUAUUUGGGCAUUUAUUGACAUCAUCUAACUAUAAUGAUGAAGAAGAAAAGGUGACAGGAGGUAGAAACGGUUAUGGUGCUAAAUUAUGUAACAUUUUCUCUACGAAAUUUACAGUAGAGACUGCUUCAAAGCAGUACAAGAAACAUUUCAAACAAACUUGGGGAUCUAAUAUGACAAAAGCUUCAGAACCUAAGGUUAAAGAGUCUGGUAAAGAUGAUGAUUUUACUAAAGUGACUUUCAGCCCUGACUUAGCAAAAUUUAAAAUGGAAAAAUUAGAAGACGAUAUUGUUGCUCUGAUGUCGCGCCGAGCAUAUGAUGUAGCAGCAUCUUCCCACGGCGUGAAAGUGUAUUUAAACGGCGAAAGAAUAAAAAUCAAUAAAUUCAAAGACUAUGUAGACUUAUACAUAAAAGGAAAAGAAGAUGAGAAUGGGCAACCGUUGAAAGUAGUUUAUGAGAAAGUGAGUGACCGCUGGGAGGUCGCACUUACACUAUCUAACCAUGGAUUCCAACAGGUUUCAUUUGUAAAUUCCAUAGCCACAACUAAAGGUGGGAAACACGUUGAUUCUGUUUCCGACAGUAUUGUGAAGAGUGUUCUUGAAGUGCUGAAGAAAAAAAAUAAAGGAGGAGUUAAUAUUAGACCUUUCCAAGUAAAACAUCAUAUGUGGGUUUUCAUCAAUUGCCUCAUAGUAAACCCAACCUUUGAUUCACAAACGAAAGAAAACAUGACCCUUCAAGCCAAAAGCUUCGGUUCCAAAUGUAAUCUCUCUGAAAAAUUCAUAACAUCGGUCACAAAGUCUGGUUUAGUCGAGUCUGUUUUGACUUGGGCCAAGUUUAAAGCACAGACAGAAUUAGUGAAAGCCUCUGGUAAAAAGCAAAGUAAAUUGAAGGGUAUACCUAAAUUAGAGGAUGCUAAUGAUGCUGGAACAAAGAAUGCUCAUCUGUGCACUUUAAUUCUCACUGAGGGAGACUCAGCUAAGACCUUGGCUGUUUCUGGACUUAGUGUUGUGGGCAGAGAUCACUAUGGCGUAUUUCCGUUAAAGGGUAAACCUCUAAAUGUACGUGAUGCAUCACAUAAGCAAGUUUUAGAGAAUGUAGAAAUUAAUAAUUUGAUUAAAAUCAUCGGUUUACAAUAUAAAAAGAAAUACAACUCUAUGGAUGACUUGAAGUCAUUACGUUAUGGCAAAGUUAUGAUAAUGGCUGAUCAGGAUCAAGAUGGUUCUCAUAUUAAAGGUUUAAUUAUCAAUUUCAUUCAUCAUAACUGGCCAGAGUUGUUAAAAUUGCCGUUUUUAGAAGAAUUCAUCACACCCAUAGUAAAAGCGACUAAAAAAGACAAAGAGAUUUCUUUUUACUCAUUACCCGAAUUUGAAGAAUGGAAGAGAGAUACUGAAAAUCAUCACACCUACAAUAUCAAAUACUACAAAGGUUUGGGUACUUCCACAUCAAAAGAGGCUAAGGAAUACUUCCAGAAUAUGGAAAGGCAUAGAAUUAGGUUUAAGUAUGGUGGGGCCACUGAUGACCACCACAUUGAAUUAGCUUUCUCUAAAAAGGGAGCUGACCAACGUAAAGAGUGGUUGACCAACCACAUGGAUGAAGUGAAACGAAGGAAGGAGAUUGGUCUUCCAGAAAGAUAUCUGUACACUAAAGAUACUAAAGCUGUUUCAUACUCAGAUUUCGUUAACUUGGAAUUGGUUCUUUUCUCAAAUGGUGAUAAUGUUCGAUCCAUUCCAUCCAUGGAGAUCCUCCGCCAAUUCUACGACCUUCGUCUGAAGUAUUACUCGCGCCGUAAGGACUAUUUGGAGGGACAGUUACAAGCUGAAGCGGACAUGCUGUCUAACAGAGCCAGGUUCAUAUUGGAGAAGUGUGAUAAAGGAUUAGUUGUAGAGAACAAAAAGAGAAAAGCAAUGGUGGAAGAACUCAUCAAAAGAGGAUAUGCCCCUGAUCCGAUUGCGGAGUGGAAGAAGCGAGCGAGCAAAAUGCAAGGCCUCACGGCACUGGAGGAAGAAGACCCACAGGAGUCUGAAGAGGAGCCGGAACCUCAAGAAAAAGGAAAACCUGUAGACCCUGAGAAAGCAUUCCAGCAGCUAAAAGAAGUGAGGAAGUUCAACUAUCUGCUGGGCAUGUCCAUGUGGAUGCUCACCAAGGAGAAGAAGGAUGAGUUGCUGAAGCAACGGGACCAGAAACUUGCUGAACUCGCUGCACUCAAAGAGAAGACUCCGUCAAUGUUGUGGAGGGAUGACCUGGACGCGCUUCUGAUGAAACUCGAAGAAGUCGAGGAGAAGGAACGCCAGGAAGAGUCCUCUACCAACAAGAAAUCUGCCAAAGCAUUUAAUGCAAGCAAAAAGAAUCGCAAGUCUCUCAUGGAUAUCGCACCAUCGGAUAACGGAAGACGAGUGGAGCCUAAGAUAUCCGAAGACCUUAUCAAGAGGAUUCAGGCGGCGGAGAAAGCGAAGAUCAAGAAGGAAAUCAAAAAAGAAUAUGAUCCGGAUGAUCCAACAGGAAUAAGUCCAUCCAGCGGUGAGAAGAAACCGCGUUCUCGCGUUAAGAAAGAAAAAGUUGAAAAACCUGACAAGGCAGAAAAGGAUGGAUUGAAACAGACUAAACUCACAUUCAAAAAAGAGCCUAAGAAGGUGGAGUAAAAUACCUUUUUAAUUCAAGUCAAUAUAAAAAGAGCAAUUUCACUAUUUUCAUACUAGUUACUAGAUAGCCAUGUUAAUGGUAUUGACUUCUAGAUUCUUGGCAGGCUUUGGG